AUGUACGUCCAGCCUGAUCAAACACCUGAGCCAGCUACGCCCAUUCUGGAAGAGAGCCACAGGCAAACUAACGAGUCAAACCAACAAUGGAACCUCGCGUCGGUAGCAUAUCACUCUCUGUUGAAUGCCAUCGCCAUCGUCGCUGGUGUAUCCAUGAUGCUCGUGAAAGCUGGCGUCCUGAACGUGGGAGACAAAGCCGCCCAGGACACGUAUACAGAGUAUGCCUCUCAAGUUGUUAACGGAGUCUUCACGUGGACGGCCUUGACCAGCAACCCUGGCUACAUUUAUCGAGUUAUCACGCUGUCGCGGGUGCUGAAGGAGAAAACCAAGUUGGAGUCAAGAAGUCAAGCUGUGCGCUAUUUGAACAAGCAUUUCCCUCUCGCAUUCGUCGACACCAGUCCUACGCUCACCAAGACUACACUAGACCCACUGAAGUCGCAACGCAGGGUUGGUGGCGCUGAUACUGAUACGUACAUGACGUCCAAGAACAAACUCGUGGUUUGUCUUGGAAACAUCGUAUUCCUCCGCAACGACGCGAAGUAUCUACGAACUACCUUCGUCAUUCUGAACUUCAGCUGCCUCUUCCAGUAUAUUAUGACGGGAUUCAUGUGGGGCUGCAGCGCGGCUACUAGGCCUGGGUUCGUGUUACCUGCGCUUCUUCCACCUACGCUUUUGUGCAGCGUCAUUGGAGAGCACCGAAUCAACCGUUUGAGCAAGAAAAUCAAAGAACGACGAGUUGUUAUCGGCCACGGGGUCCCCAUACUCGGAGAAAUCGCCAUCAAACGCGAGUCGAUGCCGCCCGUUUAG